AUGGCCACUUUGGGAGGUCUCAUUCACUUGCCCUGGAUGCUGGAUAUUCACUGCAAGCGCAAGGAACACUUUAACCUGCAUGUUCCGGACCACGAAAGUGUCUCAGGUUUGAAGUGCACUAUCUGUUGUGAUGAAUAUAUUUCGGUGGAGAAUCGAACCUUGAUAUUUCACGGUCUACUUCUUGCAGGUGAUUACGACCUGGAGGUGUACGGCAGCAGGAAUUGUUCUUCUGGAUUCCGCAGUCUUCUCUUGGACUUUGCAAAGGGAUAUUUCGGCGAGUGUAACCCUGUCAUCUGA